AUGUUGACCUCAAAAGCUUCCUCCGGUCAAGAAACCCCACUCCGGCAAUAUUGCGCCUGCCUCGGGGACCGUUUUCCUCAUGUGAGGUGGGAGCAGUUUAUCGCGGGCUUGGCCGGAGGGACAGCAAGUACGGUGGCUUUGCAUCCUUUGGAUCUGGCCAAAGUUCGCCUCCAAGUCAACGAAGGCACAGGUGUCAUUACUGCUCGGUUAGUUUGACUCUUCUCCCCACGUUCGACUCUUUUUCGUUUAAAACCAGUGGCUUUUAGCAUGCUCUUUGAAAGAUGUUAAAUAUACUGGCCUGAGCCAUCUUCUUGCCUCAUGUCAUUGACACCUGACCUAUCUCUUUCAUCUGUCUUCCAUUCUUUCUAGCCCGCGCAGUACUAAUUUAUUUGGCACUUUAAGUGAAGUAUAUAAAGCUCGCGGUUUCCUCGGACUAUAUCAGGGCAUCACACCCAACCUUCUGGGAUCAGCCUCUGCUUGGGGCCUCUAUUUCUUUAUGUAAGUUGCCGUAUUUUCCUUGACAUACCUCAGCAUGAAUGUCACUUUACUAUACGUUAGUUUACCUAUCUGAUCUGAAAUGGAUUAUUGGUUGUCUUCGCCCUUUUAUUCCCUUUUUAUUUUUCUGGUAUCAAUAAGAAGACAUAUGUCUACGCCAAGGACUGUUUCCUAUUGUUUAUCUGAAGUAGAGCUCUCAGUUAAUACCCUCCAACCUGCCUUGACGCCAUACUGCAAAGCGAGUAUUGGAAUGAACUCCUUUCAGCGCAUGCAUUUCCCUUUGAAAGUAAAUAUACUGAAUGACUGCACUGGGUUGGCAACUCCUUGGUUCACCUUUGCCAGCAUGCGUAAUUCAGUAUUAAUUCCCCUUUGGAGAGUGGUAUGCGUGAUUUAUUUAAGACAGCCAAACAACUCCCUCGACAUCAGAGUCGGGUGAGAGUUCGACCGUCGAACUCACCCGGCCAGCCCACAGACGUUUUACUGGACAACAGAUGUCUUCGCAGUUGGCCUAACCGACAAGGCAAACCGUUUUCCGUCUCCGAGGAGACGCAAGAUCUCUGUCGUACUCUGUCAACGUCGGUACUUCAUUGGCGGCGGGCAAGAUGUCCACUUUAGUCCUCAGUUGUUCCAAUAUAUCGUCCAACUACUUCGGUUUUAAUUGGUUGUUGUGGCAGCGUGUGCGUGUGAAUGGUUGCUAGUGUUGAACAUCAGAUUAAUGGAAUAGAUGUUUUCUUGAAUUUUGUCCGCCCUUUGAGGUUGCGAUGGGCUAUGGGGACAUGUUUUUUCUCCUUUGUCUUCUUUAAAAUGGGAUGAGGCCAGGAAUUCUAACCAUAGUCCUCUCAACUUGACCGACUUUUCUGAAUAAGUACCUGAAAAAGAAAUGGAAAAUCUAUGCUCGGAGCCACAGAAGGAAACGUUGCUGAUGCGCUGAUGGCUUCUACCUCUUCUGUGCAUCUGAAGUCACCUUAAGAAGUCAGUCGUUGGUAAAUCUGUGCCUCCAGUAAUCCAUUACUAGAAUUUCACCUCUGAUAGGGUACACUUAUCCCAACGCUCUGGUUACAGUCGAUUUCUUUUCCAUUGCAAGCACUUCAACAAACAUUUGAGGGAAUGAGGCUUGGUAUCUAAGUCGGUAAAUUGACGAAAGUGCAUAGAAACGCAUGACAGUCCAGGGUUUAUGAGCGCAUACAUCCCUAAUAAAUCAAAUCAGUCCACAACCUCAGAUACAUCGCCAUUUGGUUUACCUUAGUAUUUCAAAAAGCGUCCGGCCUCUCUGUCCGUUGUUUCAUGGUAAGGCCAUUUUUCCACUUUCUACGUUACAGCUAUGGGGCCAUAAAAAACCAUGCCCAAGAGGGUGACCCCUCGCGCAAGCUGAGCAAGGUCGAAUAUCUCGGAUACGCCUACUUGUCAGGUAAGUGUCAAAACUAACUUCUGCAUCAUCAUCAUCAUCAUCAUCAUCAUCAUCAUCAUCAUCAUCAUCAUCAUCAUCAUCAUCAUCAUCAUCAUCAUCAUCAUCAUCAUCAUCAUCAUCAUCAUCAUCAUCAUCAUCAUCAUCAUCAUCAUCAUCAUCAUCAUCAUCAUCAUCAUCAUCACCACCACCACCACCACCACCACCACCACCACCACCAGGAGACUCCAAGGACUUCUAAAGACAUCUCCGGAGGGAAUACCGCAUUUGAAUAAAUCGUAACCUCCCUUGUAGGUUUCAUCAGUUAGGCUCAUGUCGUUAAUCUUUGCAGAGGAGCUCUUAUGGAUUUUGUCAGACGACUUAACCUCUGUCAGCUUGCCAUUGGUGAAAAACCCAUCAUAACUUAGGUGACUGCCUCAGUUUUUUAGGGAAUCCUAUCCACAACAAGGCAAGGGUGGUUUAGAAAGACGACAUGCUCGAUUGUUGUCACCUGAUUUGCUGAAUGUUGGAGAAGAUUCUUUUGAAAAAUAAGUUUAUUUUCUGAAUGGUAUUAUGGAGCCUCGGAUCUGCCUAUGAACUUCUCAGAGGAAUUUUCACGCAGACAGUUCCAGACAAAUUUUAGGUUGCCUUGUCAUACUGUCUGCAUUUAUGCAUCGCGUCCUAGUUGACAUAACUAACUGGUCCACCGAGUUAUAUGGCAGCAGUUUUCGCCGUUUUAGCUAUUUUAAAGCGCCACGUUCUAGUCAGUAAUUGACGGUUCUUCUUCUUCUUCUUCUUCUUCUUUUUCUAGGAUGCCUUGUGUUGUCCGUGACAAAUCCCAUAUGGGUAGUGAAGACGAGGAUGUGCCUGCAGUACGAAACCCUAGGUAAGCCACGAGUUCCGACUCUGACUACCUGGGGCAACCUGGUCUCCAUUUGGCGACUGGAGGGCAUGAAGGGCAUGUACCGCGGUAUGGUGCCGGGUCUAAUAGGCGUAAGCAACGGAGCCAUCCAAUUCUUCCUCUAUGAGGAGAUGCGGAACUUCUAUAAUGGGACCUAUUUCCAGCGGCGCAUCGAUACUCACCUGGUACGUCUUUUUUGUCCAUUUGUUGCCCAUUGCCUUAGUAGUCUCUUGACGAUAGUCGGUUUAUGUUCUGGUCUUCUAUGAGGCCUCCUGUGGACCGAUUUGCUUAUUUUUCCACGGAAUUAAAAUUUUAUGUUGUCACUUCUGUUUGUGUCGAUUUAUGCGAGCGUUGUUGUUACUUAUUACCUGACGUUUGACACCUUAUUAGCGUCGGGAGUGUCUCACCUAUUUAUGACUAUGUUACUUUUACUGCAUACUAGGGCACCACCAGUCUUCACUAAUAUCAGACAAAGCCUUUGACUAACAACCGUACUUGCAAUUGACAUGAAAAUCUGAUGCGCUGUUUAUAUUUUUUUAGUCGCCUUCCGAGUACCUGACGAUUGCUACGCUCUCUAAGGCCGUUGCCGUCGCAGCAACCUGUCCGUAUCAAGUCGUGCGGUCACGCCUUCAAGAACAGCAUCGGCGCUACACUGGGAUCAUAGAUGUGACAAGUACUUUAUGGAGGUACAAGUUAUAAUUGAUUUCUUAACUGGAUUUAUAGUGCUUGAUGGUCACAUAGGAAAAUAUUUGUCGACUCAUUCAUCUCAAAAUCGAGCACCCAUAAUGACGGGGUUUCUGAACCCUUCGAGGCGAUCUCACCAGUUUGUGUCACACAAAUCAAGGAGUUUGGGCUCAGUGGAUAGGACGGAAAUCAGGUCAGCAAAUGCGAAACGUAUGCACCGUAGAUGUGUCAACUCAUGAAAUUUCCUGAGUUAUUGCAAGAAAAUCCCUAUAACACGAAAUCCGCCCAAGUUGCGUUCCCUCAAGUUUUACAAUAGUAAACAAAGGACACUUCAUAAAAGAUGGCGUAGUUGGUUUUAUAAGUUAACGUUUGCUAACGUGAGAAUAAAUAAUCCUCACUAGAGACUAGAAUUUCAGAAGACGGCUAUAUUACGAAUCACUUAAAUAAGGCCAACUAUAGGGGUGCAUAAAGAAGGGGGACGCAUGAAAGAGAAAAAAAUACUGAGAAAUGACAACAAGUACAUACGAUUGGUACUUUGUUGACUGCCCACUUAUAUUUAACACCGCAGAACCCAAAUGUGGCCUAUUUACCUUUAAUUAACCAGAGUUGAAAUGAAUUUUUUCUUAGUAAAUAGCUUUCUGCGCCUCAAAUUAAACAAACACAAAUACCAACGAAUGUAUGAUAUGCCAUCCACCCAGAUUUCGGCCACGACAUUCAUGAGCUGGGCCAUCUACUCUCUGGUGAUUAAAACAGGAAGUUGGCUAAAAGCCACACACUCGUUCGAUUGCUUUAUGACGGUUGGGAUGGAUGCCGGGCCUCCACUCCUUUUUGUUUGGCGAAAUCACUGAGUGCCGAUACAUUCCGACAGGAAGUCUGCCAAUUUUUUGAAGCGGCAUAUUUUGCCAAAUCUUCUUUAAAAUGCCGAUAUUCAGAGGGCUUUGGUCCAGCUUGGAUUGCCAAUGUUUCUUAAAUUCUAUACUACUAGGGAAUUGAUUGUUUACGGGUCUCGCUCAACGAAUGCAGGAGCCAAAUAAACGCUGUCCACGCUCCACAGCACGUUGAUAGUAGGGACGGUGAUUUACGCACGAUCUACUUUGUAGUGGUAGUAGACUUGCGCAGCGUCUACCGCGCGCUCCCCUCCCCAACCGGGCCCGAUUUCAUGACAGAGUCAAGAAGACUGGGGGAGGGAGAGGGUUCAGGUGGUUAGCACGGCAAAAACCCACACGUAAGCGCGUGUCACCACACCGGCUGUGAUCCCACUGAGUGGAUGUGCCACGGUGACCAGAUUAAGAAGGUGCCAUUGCACCCUGACUUUCAGCCCACCGGUCGGCCACACCACACAACCCGGCACACUGGACUGACUUCGAGGUCAGAGUUAUCCCUUUAGUUUGCACUCCUCCAAGCCACGGCUAUUAGCGCACCGUGUUAGUUGCCAGCGCGUCAGAUUGUUUAUAACAAGGGACCAUUCGCUGAGAGUCGACCUCACUCGUUUUACCCUAUCCCGUGCACCAGUCGACUGUUCGAGACGCCUGACAGAGUUCAGAGCAGGCCGUCUGCGUGUGCCACACACAUGGCCUAGCUCGCCAUGAUAGUUUGGCCGUCGCAUCCGACGAUGUCCACCAUGUGCUCCACAGCGAGGUGAAGCAGGCACGGUGACUUGUGCGUGAGUUGGUUUUUAAUGGUAGUAGACUUGCGCGGCAUCUACCACACUUUCUCCUCCUCCACCACCUGGACCCGGUGUCAAGACAUAGUCAAGAAGUUCGGAGGCGUGAGAGGACGCUGGUGGCUCUCACGACGACAACCCGCAUCUAGACACACCACAACAUCCCCUGGUCCACAACGUGCAAUUAUCGGAACUUUACACGACAAGAGAAGAACGAUGGCGUCUCGGAUCCUGAUUAGCGCGACAUGGGCGUGCACCUGGGCGUACCGUCUCACCCCCAAUGCUGGCAUUUGUUAUGAGUGCUGUUCUGGAAUAACUCCUGCGAAACCCCGAUCUGGCCCCCGCGUUGAUCUAGGGUAUUUACCUAGUGGUCCGUUUUAGGGGCAAACUUCCACCACAUAUGCAUGACUUGACUGGAAUGCUAUGUUGGCUUAGAAAUAAUUAUCUGCUGGUGCUGUCAUUUAUGCAGAUUCAACCGUGAAGUCGUUCAUCAUUUUGCUAACAUCUUUGACGUUCUAUCGUCAGUUACGAAUACUGGGGACGUUGAGAUCUUGCAGUUGUUUUAUUCAUUUUUAAUUAAGUGAUGGUGCAAAUCAGGCCAAAAUGUCAUCCAUCCGGAAGGGACGCAGCAUGCCCGUUAAUCUAGUUGCAGGCUAUCCCACCCGUCCCUAAAUGUUGGAUAUUGUAAUGCCUCAAAGCCCGAUGGCGGCACUGUGACAUGGUGACUGAACCGCCAUUAAAUAAGUUUGUUUACCACCGCUGCCUCGUAGUUAUGUUCUUGAGUCAAAGCGCUACGGGACACAACCCCGAACGAAUAGUCCAAGCGGCUGCCGGGAGCCCGCCUGUAUUCAAAAUCACCACGAAACCUCAUGAAAUGUUGAAUUACAGUAUUACGAUCCAUGCUACGGCGUCCGCGGGAACCGACUCGGGCGGUAGCACGUGAGCUGGAUUAUCAAUUGGAAAUUAUCUCUGAGUAUUGGAUUUUGGAAUGUGCGAAUUGUUCUAGACCCUGGUACUCCAAUUCUGACAACAUGGAUGUCGGUAGCUUGUCUGACGUCUGAAUCCCCGACCCAGGAGUUAGGGAAAUAAAGACCCCGAAAGUCAACUCUUACUUCAUUUUGUACCACAGUGACCCACGACGACUAAUGGUAGACACGGUGUGGCUAUGGCUCUCGGAACAAGCAAACCGUGUACUGCUUGCAUGGGAACGACUGAAAGGUCACAUUACGGGCAUCUAGGUCGUCUCCGUGUGCGCACCAACAUCAGCUGCCGAAGGUCGCGAUGAAGGUACCUUCUACUCACAGUUGCAGAAGUUAGUUGAAAGACUCACUCGCUGUGAUCUGCUGAUGGUUGCCGGGGACUGGAAUGACCGGACUGAAUCCGGUGACUCUUCAAAGUCACCUCAGCGACCAUUUUGGGCUUGACGCUCGAUGCGACAAUUGUAGGAGAAUGCUGGAUUUUGUUGAUCAGAACCGACUGUUUGUCACUAACGCGUGCUCCCUGCAUCGCCACAAAAAUCUAUUGACCUGGUAUUCACACGAAGGCCAUACGGCCAGUCUGAUGGAGUAUGUUCUUGUUGGUUCAGGGUUCCGCAGCAGGGUUCAGGAUAGGAGGUCGACACGUGAUGCGGAAACUCGUUAUGUCCAUGGGUAUAAGUACAGUGGCUGUGCUGUAUCAUGAAGCGUUGAUUGAAAUUCUGAAAUGUGUUUUCAACUCCAAAAGAUUAAUUAAGUAGGGUAGUAAUAUUGUUUGUCGUGUCGCAUAAUUUUAAGAUAUUCCAGUCAUGUCAGGAUGCCGGCUUCCAAACGAGCUCCUCAUCAACUGUGUGCAUGACUUAUAUUCCGCAAAAAUGACAACUUAAGCAGCAUGCAACUUUCCCAUUGAUUUAUGACACCCGUGUAAACUCAAAUAUAUUUAUUAGAAAACGUGCACCAAAAUAUUCCUUCUUUUACUCAUCUAAUAGCAAAUUGCGACUUCUUAAAAUCUUAUACUUAAAGGAAGAGUAUCAUUCGGCUUUAAAUAACUUCCUCAGUUCCCAAAUACUUUUGACCUCAAUCCUGCGCUUAGGGUUUCCGAACUACAAGCUGUAUGCGUUUCGUGCAAGAUAAAUCAUGCAUUUCAAUAUUCUGUUAAGAAGAGGACAUAUAGGGUUCACGAAAUUUUGCACGGGAUGUGGAUUAUGUUAUCCCGUUUUUAAGCAGCGUUAAUGAAUGUGCUGAUGGUUUGCUGUACAAUUGGACAUUUCUCGGUCCCGUCAAAUCUAAUAUUAAUGUUCUUAAAACUUAAAGAUACUCCUUCCUGAAGUAUAACGUUUGAAGGAGACGCAAUUUGCUGUCAAAUGAGCAAGUGAAAAAGUAGAGGCGUUGACUUCUAAACCAACAGGUCGCGAGUUCGAGGCUCGGGUGUUCCACACUUCGGGCUUGGGUAUGGCUGGCUGACGACGGUUAAUAAGCCAGAAAUGGCCAUUACAGUCUCCCUUGUCUUUGUCGGUAAUAUCAUUCUGCCUAUAUAUCAUGCGCCGCUGUGCGGCUGCUGGUUGGGCUCGAGAGAGAGCCCUUAAGGCACAACGGAACGAGUGAGUUCCGUAUGAACGAUCGGUGAGCGCCCCCUAACAAAUGAAAAAGUAUUUUCCUGCAUGUUUCCUAAUAAAUAUUCUGGAAUUAAUAAGGGUGUGAAAUAUCAGUGGGCAUGAUUCACCCUCCUGAGGUAUGUUUUUGGUAAGAUGUGGUUUGGUAGCCCCACUUGAUGGGCACAGUACUGUUGGGGUUGGGGUUAAGGGUCAGGGUUCGGAGUUAGGAUUAAAGUCUAUGGUUAGGGGUUAGGGUUAGAGGUCAGGGUUAGGGUUUAGAGCAACUAUUUCUCACCCAUUUAAAGUACAACCGCGCAUUCCCAAUAGCUUUUCUUUUACAGACAACUACUUGACCUCGUCGCCGGUGCGUUCUCCGUACCCCUGUAAAAAACCCUAUUACCACCGGUCCCGUAUCAGAGGUGACUAGGGUUUGCUUACUUCAGGUGGGGCUACCGAAUUACAUCCGACCGUGUUGUUUUGCGGAAUAUAGCUUACUUAGGCGUUCGAUUGGGAGCUCGUCCAAAAGUCGGCAUCCUGACGUGACUGGAAUAUCUUGGUAUCAUGCGGCACGACUAUCAUGCUUACAACCCUGCUUAAGUAAUGUUUUCGAAGUUGAUACGCAUUUCAGAAUUUCGGUUAACAUUUCAUGAGAUAACACAUUUACUGUAUGUUCUUGUCCGCACACGCCUAAAAGUUCGCCUGUCAUCUGCACCAACAAGUCCAUGUGUGAGACGCUUGGAUGUCGCAUACCUUCGACAACCAAUCGCUACCGAGGCCCUGAGCACAAAAAUCCUGACCCCUUUUAUGACCCGGGCCAACGAAUUCAGUGGCCAAUGGUCAUCACUGAAGUCAUCAGUCUAUUGGGCAACUGAGAAGCUUCUUGGAUUUACCUAGCGGCACAGCAGUGACUGGAUCGGCAGAAGAACACCGCAGUUAUCUGCCCAGACGGUCCUAGUCAGGUCCCGCAAAGAUGUUUCCUUCCAUCAACUCCGAAAAAUGACAGCACAGUCGGAUAGGGAUAAUCGGCAGAGAUAUUGAGCUGGAACAGCGACCACCAUAGAGCAGACCUCAAACGCUGGUGACCCACUAUCAAAUUAUCCGCAAAGUUAGUGGUGAGCCCUUGACACACAGCGACUCUGUUCGCGAUUUGAAUGGCGGCUCUAUUGCUGACAACUCUGUCAAGUUUGAUGGCUGGCGCGAGCAUCUCAACUUUGAUCAGCAGCCCAUCACAUCCUCUCCCUCCGCAGCGGGUUUAUCCUUCCCCAGCCCAUGGAAUGUCGUGCGAUGCCCUCCUGAGGGAGAAGUUACCGAUGCAACGCAGGCUGCACAAUAAUAAGACGCUUGGAGAGGACGGUAUCCCCACCGAAAUCUAUGCCUUUUGCCGAUACUGGCACCCUGGUUCCAUGAGGUGACUGAGCAAACGACGAGAGAUUAGGUAGUUCCUAGUGAAUGAUGUUCGGGCAUCCUUGUGUCUAUUUUCAAGAAGGGAAAUAAGACCACAUGCAAGAACUAUCGCGGCAUAAGCCUGCAACAAUUUGCGCCGUUAGCCUCCUCAGAAAAUUCUAGUCUGAAGCAAUAUUUCCCCGGAAUGAAUUUAAAGCAAGCAAGGACAGCAGAAUUUAAUGGUACCAGAAAAUUUCGCGACGGCGUAUACUACUGGAGUUACCAUUUUAUCGAUUAGUCUACGCGCAGUAUACGUUGGCCUUGUUGUUUUACGUUGACUUUAUCUGUCGAAAUUCAAACCUCUGUACCUUUCUCACUUGUUAUUUCUGCUAUGCAACGACAGGCUGCAGUUGAGAAGCCGUCGCGAAAUUUUCCGGUACCAUUAAAUUCUGCUGUCCUUGCUUGCUUUAAAUUCUAAUCUGUGCAUGACUCAAGGACGAGUCUCAGCCAAGCCGGAUUUCCAACUGAGCGUGGAUGCGCGGGCCAGUUAUUCACACUGAGGCGCAUUAUAGAAUUCCGCCAUGGCCACCAGCAACCGACGACUGUCGACUUUGUUGCUGUGCUCGAUUCCGUCCAUCGUGAGUCCCUGUGGCGAGUGAUGGAACUAGAUGGUGUGCCAGCCAAAAAAUAUCGCAAUGAUCAAGGCCUACUAUCUCUCCACCUCCGAGCGAGUUUGCCUCCAUAACAAUCUCUCUCAACCGUUCGAUCUGACUGAAUUCACCGGCGGGCUCUAUAUGUUUUGAAGGUGUGAAGUCCGCACCCGGACGCCUGUUGACUGGUCUAGACUGUGCUAACGAUAUCGCCUUGCCAAUCUAGUGUUUUGGUAAUCUACAGUCCGUGAUGUCACGGUUGAAGGAAGUCACUACUUUGGUCGUUCUAUCCAUAAACGCUAAGGAGACCAAAUUGUUUUCGAGUCGCAUCCCUGAUCAGGCGAACACACCCCUCGGGAUUAAUGGCUGUCAGCUUGAAGAAGUGCACAGUAGCUGUUCUAACUCAUGAAAUGUCAUGAGUUAGCACAAGAAAAUCCCUCUAACGCAAAAUCCACCUAACCUGCGUUCCCUAAAGUCUUACGGCAGCGUAGCUUGGUGUACAGCUGGCUUACUGGAAGUGCUGGGUGUAAGAGUGCUCAUCCCCACCUGUUUCUCCAACUCAGCACGUGGGAGUCCCACGACUGUCUCGUUUUUUGGCUGUACUGUAGUGAGAAAUUGAAGCUGGCCGUCUGGGGGUGUAGAAUAUCGUUUCAAGCGAAACGUCUUCCUCUGUGCCCUAUGUUUUGUUUUUAUUAAGUCUGAGACGGCUUGUACGACAGACAGUGAAGUCAUGUGCUCUGGACUCGAAACAACGGCCUUCACGUUUUGAAUGCUUUGACCAUUCACUCAGACUGCUGUCGAUCAGAUGAUAACGAUUUUGUGCCUUCUGGACGAGCCUGGUUCCGCUUACUCGGUGACCACACCUAACACUGUCAUUGAAAGUUAAGACAGAGGAAGCUCGCCCUGCAAAUGUAUUGCAGUCGGACAUUUUCAGGCGAGUCCCUAACAGUCGCUCGGAUUGUUCGUUUGAAAUUGUCUCCUUCAAGGCUUUAGCCCAAGAACCUAACCACGAGACAACGGUGGCAAGAAAACUUAUUUAAUAGCGGUUUACGGGGGCCUUGUCAUUGUGCCGUUACCGGGCUUUGCGGCAUUUUAUAAGGCAGUCAGCGUGGCAGAGCCCAGCCUUCCGCACCUUAGUAACACUGGUAUUGCUGGUUCGCGACUGCUAAUUCACCAGACCCGAGAGCCUGUUUAUUUCGCUGAAAGUCGUUUCACUAUUCGUCACCUAUGGACGCGCUGGGUAGUCACCAGGUAGGUUAGCGGGUAACCCGUCUUUCUAGAAAUUGGAAUUUAAUUACCGACGAUUUUUCUUUAUCCUGUGCAUAUCUGCAUCUUUUAGCUGACACGAUCCUGUCGUCGAUACUAAUAUUUGCCUCCGCUCAACCAGCCUCUUUUUGCACCUGUAGGCACGAAGGCAUCCUUGGCUUCUACAAGGGCCUCUUACCCAGCAUACUCAGGACGGCUCCGGCCUGUGGUAUCACAUUCUUGGUCUAUGAGAACCUGAACAGGUGGUUACAAUCGAGCCCCAGAUAGGUGACAACCCAUUCUGGUCGCAUUUCUACAAUCUCCCAUUAUUUAUUUGUCCACUUUGGUGGACGCCCCGCAGCAACACAAACAAUCCUCAGCCCGCGUCCUGCAUACCUCACAUCGGAACGAAAGAUUGUUCCCCCUCAGUUGUAAUUUUUUUUAGUUUUACGAUUGCUUUUUUAAAAUAGAUUCCUUUUGAGAUGUUUGCUAAGCAGACAGCUGUGCUAAUCUCCCCUCUGGGAUUACCAUUUCGCAGUUGUUAACAGAACCCGCUCGACCGACUGCCUUUUAGGUCGGCUUUGAUAGAAAGCCGCACCUCCGGCUCUCUGGUCACUGGCUCUGCAGCGCUGUAUCACCGGAAAGCCUGUCCGAGCCUAGAUCCAGAUGUCUGGUCGUGCACUUGAUUUGGAACAUUCACUUGCGACUAGUGCGAAGUCCCGAUGGUUGUUAAACACUGUCAGGUACGUGAGGAAAUCCGCUAUGCAUCGCCCCCGUCUACCGUAUGACUAGAAGUUGUGCCGCUGAGAACUCCGACGAAAUUGCCGAUACGGGAUCGUAAAGAAUGAACCAGCCGGGACUUCUGCGGGUUCCUUGCACUUUAUACGCAAAAUGUAUUAUUCACGCAUUAAUGUGAUAAUUCGGUGUCCAGAAUCAUCCAUGUGCGAAAUGUUGAGGACAAAUGUCUGAUUUUUCGGCCAAAAGAACAACGAAAGCUAGAUGGUAUUUACAGCCUUAUCCGGGCUAUCAUUAGCUGAUGUUGCUUGCAUCGGACUAUGUUGGCAAACCCUGUCAUGCGAGCUAAGGAAGUGCGGUGUGAUUAAAGGACCGAUUUACCCAUCUCCGCUGGAACCGUAGGUCUAAAUAAUCUCAUCACCGGCCUCUCGGACGGCCAACGUGACUAACUUCGUACCGACAAGGAUGUCUAUUUCUAGGACAUUUGAAACAACCUGGGCAAGCAUAUCGACCCCUCGCACCGUCACUCUUGGCCCUGGUAGCCACGACGUCGUCUUUUUUCCGUCUGACUUGUAAUUGCAAGGUUUAAUUACGAUGCCAGAGCAAAAGCCCCCCCUCCCCCUCCCCCCCUAAGUAAUCAACGGUCUUCAAACCAGCAUUUCCACCUCGGGUCCAGUUCCUGGACCCAUGGGUGGGCCCAAAUGCAAGAACAUGCCAUCCUUGACUCCACACUUCUGCGAGAAGCACUUUCCUCACGGACGACACUAUUUUCACGACCAAUUUUCACGCGGUAACUAUCCCAGGACAUCAUAAUUCCGCGGUUACGUACUCGCCGACGGCGGUUCUGAGGUAAAAACCCCUUGAAACUACGACACUGUUAUACACAGUUGAUCGGUUUAUGCAUGAUCAAGACACGUCGGACCAAUGAGACUAACCGACUUAGCUGGAGGUACAGUUGUGGCCCGUUGGCCAAGGACCACCUUAAUGUCUGGCUCCGUUACAUCUUGUUUCCAUCUUCUGGUAUAUUUCCUCAUCUGCGCGUAAUGCUCGUUACUCUCACAGGUUUUAUUUCUGCCUUGUCACAAGUAUGCCUGUAAACUUUAGCAAGCCUGUUUUCUCUGCCAGAUGACGACUGGUGUUUGGUUGUUUCCUGUUUGGUACAGUGGGGCAAUUUUAUCAGCUAACGCAAAUUUUUCCCUGACAUUUUGGUUAUUUACGAGUGAGUGGCGUGAACCCAUUACCAGACCAACUAAAAGUAACUCGGCCUAUUUAUCGAAUGCUAACUUUUCGAUAGGCGCCAAGGCUGCCUCUUGUUCGUCCCCCCCCCUUUGGACUCCUACAGUCGUGCAGCCAACAUCUGCCUCAGCUACCGGCUGUACCUCGAAAUGGCCCUCCACUACUACAGCCGGCAUCAUGCUAAGGUGCUCGCCUGGCUUAGUGCUCUGCCAUGCGAACUCCUGGUGUAUGAAAGUCACAUGCCUGAACAUCCGACAAGCAGAACAUCUCCUUGUCCAAAAUACGAACUAUGCCCGCAGCACUGCCUCUCCAAAUCCCGUGUGACUAAACCACCCUGGUCUAGUUCGACAUCUCGGGACCAGUAGCUCAGGCGUGAAAGCCCUGCUGUCUGAUCAUCUGAUUCGGAUCCAAUACUGAGACUCGCAGUCUAAGCUUGGAGUACCAGUGGUUGACGACCCAAAUAAUCCGGAAAAGGGAAUAUCGUUUGCUGACAAAAUUGCACAACAUUUGUUUACACAAAUAGCCAAACAAAUGACGAUGUCUCCGCUGACUUAAAUGAAAAUUUGGUCUUAAUAAAUGUUCCCAGAAAACGAAUAAUACUCGUAAGUCAACCACAACCCUGCUCUUACGGCGUCGGGUGCGUUCCCUCAUCUGGCUGCCAGCCUAUUCCAAUCGGUUCUUAAAUCUUCCUGUUCAGAAUACAGUGCCUUCUCAACUGGCGUCUAACUCUUCUCUUUCUAUUCGAGACCUGGCCUGAAGGUUGUGGUGGCUAGGUCCUGCCCAUGGCUUAAAUGUCAUCCUCCUUGGCCUCCUCCAAACAAUAAGUCCUACAGUGGGGGCAACAUUAGAUUCUAUGGACGACCAAGGCUGAUUCGCCUACCUAAAAGUCGUGAGACAGUGAUGUUCGGCAGUUACUUGGCAUGACGCCAGCCAAAUUUAAGGAAGCACUGCUUUCACGUUCGCUGAGGGAUACCUCAAAUGCUGUUGAAAAUCACCUUCGGCAAGUAAACCAUAGUUUGUGGACGCAAAACAGUGAGCCCCGUCCCCUUCCCUGUAUGCUUCCCCCACAAAUUAUAAGAGUGACACUUCUCACUCUGGCUCUUAGACAAACCAACGACAAACCUUCAGGAACGAAGGACAGCUCCGGUUGCUCGAGAGCUGGCCGUUUAUAAAGUGGCUAUUAUUACUUUCAUUGGGACUCACCCCUCUUAAGAGAGUGGGUGCUGGAGCGGCGGAGAGUGGGGAGACGCCGGAGUCACAUUCGCCAUCAGGGAUGGCGUGGCAGAACAGCUGUCCUGCCUGCCCUAGGACAUCAGCAGUCGUAUCGUGAGCAUGCGUCUGCCAUGCCAAAAGAACAAAAUUAGUCGACACAAUUAAAGUCUAUGCUGUCCCCAUGAUCAGGUCUAACGACUUGAAGAGAAAAUCCUGCAAGGACCUGCGUGCCUUCUGGCGACCGUGCCUAAGGCAGACAAAUUUAUUGUCAUCGCCACCAUCAGUGCCCGCGCUGGCACAGACCACGUUACCUAGAAGGGAGCUUCAGGUCCCCACGGUAUCAGCAGCUGCAAUGGCCAUGGCCUCGUUUUCCUGUAGUAGACACAGUCUUCUCCUGACUAACGGUUUUCACCUGCUGAUGCGGGAGAGGACGACGUGGGCGCAUUAUCCCUUGCGCGACUGACAACUGCUGGAGUGCGUCCUGGACCAUUUGUGAUCCGCAUGAUGUGCUGGAGACCAAGGCGAUGUGUGAUGCAGACUGUUGGAUGGAGCGCCGCCUUGUCUUCAUGGAGAGGCUGCAACCGCAAAUUCGAAGAAGUCCACGAAGUAGGCAAACACCCGGCUAGUUAGACAAAGCAUUAUUGGAUACGGAUGACAGCCUAUCUGACUAAUCAAAUGAAUCUCAAACUGGGACAAAUUCAAGUCCUGGGAGAAAGUGUUUCCGUUCAAGGCCAGUGACGUGUAGUACGGAAUUCCAUUCAGGCCACUGCUCACAAAGUCCUCGAUUACGCACAUCAUCAGAUCCAGGAUUGACUCGAUCACGGCGAAGAAAGCAGUUGUCUUCUCUCCGAGUACAACAGUGUGCAACAGUUGUACCUUCGCGAACGACGCUCACCGUGCGUCCUGUGGAGUGGGCACAGUCACGGUAACUUAAGCGCACAUUACAGUAAGUAUUCUAUCUCACGAGAUUUCGACUGCAAUUCUGAAAUAUGUUUUCAGGAUGCCGGCUUUCAAACGAGCUCCUCAUUGACUGUGUGCAUGACUUAUAUUCCGAAAAAUUACUACUUAAGUAGCAUGAAAAUUUUUCAUUGAUUUCUGAUAUCAGUGUAAAUUCAAAUAUAUUUUUUUAAAAAACAUGCAGAAAAUAUUCCUUCCUUUACUCAUCUACUAGCAAAUUACGUCUUCUUCAAAUUUUAUGCUUGGAGAAAGAGUAUCAUUUGGCUUUAAAUAACUUCCUCAGUUCCGAAAUAGUUUUGACUCCAACCGUGCUCUUAGGCUUUCCGAACUACAAGCUGCAUGCGUUUCGUGCAAGAAAAAUCAUGCAUAUCUUGGUAUCAUGCGGCAGGAUAACCAUUAUUACAACCCUACUUAAGUAAUGCUUUCGAAUUUUAUUCGCAUUUCAGACGUAAUAAUUAAAUGUCACACGGCCUGAUAGUCUAACACAUGCCACGCGCGUCGCGUUGAGCCGAGUUCCUUCCAUUCAGAUAAACAAAUAGUUCCAGAAUGGUGAACAGGUAGGUAAAGCAAGAUAGUCUGACGCCUCUGUAGAUCGUCAGCAAUGCCACCAUUCCUGAUCAAUACGCAGUUCCUCAUCUGCAGGAUUUCGUCGGAGCUCUUUUCGACAAAGUGGUUUUCUCGAAGACUGACCUGGUGUGUACCUUUCAUCAGAUUUCUGUCGACCGCUGUCACUACACCCUUCGGCCUUUUCGAAUUUGUCCGCAUGACCUUCGGUCUUUGCAAUCCCGCCAAAACAUUCUAGAUGUUCAUCGGUCACGUCUUUCGUCGUCCCAUUGGUGAUUAAUCGGAAUGCCGAAUAACACAAGGAGAACCUCACCUUGGUGAUUGACCACCUCGACGAAUGCAGAGCCAACGUUAACGCUUACAAAUGUGUUUUUGGUGCGCCUUCUCCUGACUUCCCUGACCAUUAUGCUAACUCAGAAGGUUUGCGUCUCCUCCCCUACAAGGUUGAAGCAGUUCGUGAUUCCCAUCCAUCAACCUCCAAGCGUCAGCCAAAGAGAUUCCUCGGCAUGGUCAACCUUUACCGAAGGUUCCUGUCGAACUGUGUCGACCUCACACUGCCGCCCACCAACAUUUCUUCUGGUCCCAAAGGUCCCUUCGAGCUUAUUGGUGAAGCAUUGACUGCAUUUGAGGGAAUCAAAGGUUUCCUUGCUGACGCUACAUUGCUCACGCAUACUGCUCACGAAGUUCCUCUGUCCCCUGAUAGUUGAAAUUUCAACCACUGAUGUAGGAGCAGUUCUUCAACAACACCGUACAAAUUCCACAAAACCAUUAGCCUUCUUCUCUAAGAAACUUUCGCCGGCUGAGACACGCUAGAGCGCUUUUGGUUGUGAAUUUGGUGCCACUUACCUGGCUGUAAAGCAUUCCCGACACUUGCUUAAGGGUCGUGACUUUGUCAUUUUCAGGGGCUACGAACCGCUUCCGCUUGCCAUUCGAUCCAACUCUGAGAAACAUAAAUCGAAAGAGACCGCCUAUUUGGACUACGCCUCCUGCUUCGCCGCCGGCAUUUGUCAAACUGCACAAAGGAUGAGGCAGCUGACACGCUGUCCAGACCUUCACUCUGCGUUAUCGACCUUAGUGCCAUGACGGCUGAACACAAUCGUAUCGUUUGUCCUGGCAACGAGUCGUUUAGUGAAUCACAGACGUUCAGCUGAUCGCCGGUACUUGUACCAUCCUUUGUGACGUCUCGAAUCGCUUUCAUCGCUCCGUCGUGCCCGCCUCUGUGCGGCGAGAUGGGUUCCAAUCUCCCUGUGGACUCUCUCACCCUGGGAUCCAAGCCUCAAAAUGCUCCUCGCGGAAAGGUUCGUCUGGUCUAGCACGAACGAGGAUGUAAAAGUUUGAGCACGGUUGUCUGGGCUGCCAGCAGAGAAGGGUGCAGCGUCACAACAGGUCCCCAUCAGGCGACUCCCACAGUCCUGACGCACUGUUCGACCAUGUGCAUCUGGAUGCCAUAAACCCCAUUGCCUCUGUCUAAUUGCUAUUCUCAUCUUACCUGCGUUGAUCGGUGCAUCCUGUCAAAUGUGCCGGAGGACGCCAACGUGAUGUCUUUCGUCGGUCGUUGGGUCGUCAUUAUCGGUGCCCCAUCCACGAUUACCACUAACCGAGGUGCCCAGUUCGAGUCUGCUCUCUUCACCUUUCUUGGUUGCACUCUCAUUCGGACGACGGCCUAUCGUACAGCUGUCAACGGUAUGGUUGAGCGGUUCCUUUGCCAGUUAGGGCCGCCCUGAGUGCCGCAACCUGCCCCGUGCACUCCUUGACAUUCGUGCGUCACUGAAGUCAAAUUUGGGCGCACUUCUGUCCGGCACUAUCCGCCGAUUGCCAGACGAGAUGGUCACCCCAACCUCUCAUAGUGACAGCCAUACUCUUGACAAUUUGAUGCACCCUCUGCGUCAAUAUAUGCACUCACUUUUCCCGGUUCCACCUCAAACUCCACCGACCCCGUCUUAUGUCGAAAAAAGGCCUGGGCAACUGCAUGCAUGUAUUCGUUUGGUGUGACAAUGUGCGCAGGCCAUUGGAAUCACCGUACGAAGGAUCGUUCCAUGUGCUCGCAAGCGGUGCCAAGACCUACUGGAUCCCUCGCGGUGACAAGGAGGGCGUGGUCAACAUCGGCCUGGUUAAGGCGGCCGUCGCAGAGGAGCUGUUGGACCUACCCCAAGAACGAAGAUGUGCUGACCUCCCACCCACGCCACUUUACCUCAUCCGCUCCCUUUUCCUUCCACUUCCCUACCCCCUAUACUUCCGGCCGGUCUACUUCCUGCUCCGCCAAGGCCGCAAUCACCAACUUCAACCUCAUGCGGCUCAUCCACCCCAGCGCGCAUUCAACCGUCUCCUUCUGUCCCUCCUUUUUGUAUUACUCGCAAUGGACGUCAAGUCCACUUCCCUGAUCGUCUAG